UCAAAAUAAAAAACAAGAAGCGAUACAAACAAAGACAUUGAACUUAUCCCCAGUUUGUCUUCUUCCUGUUAUCAUCUCCCUAGUUACGACUAUAUAUGUGUAGCAUCUUCUCUGUAUGAACCAAGAGUUGGAUUUAGGUUUGCUUUCACUAAGAUAGAGCAUAGAGACCAACCUUAAUAUAUUAGCAUGGCUUGGAUAUUAACCACUCUAGCCUUGAUUGCGCUCGCUUUCUUCCUCCGAGCUUGGCUGUCGAAAAGAAAGAUCAAGGAUAGCAAGUUACCCCCUGGUCCAAUAGGGUUUCCUAUAUUUGGUAGCUUACAUUUGCUAGGGAAGUUCCCUCACCAAGACUUGCAUCAACUAGCAAACAAGUAUGGCCCUAUCAUGUAUAUGCGGUUAGGCUUGGUGCCCACUGUAGUUGUCUCAUCGCCUCGGGCUGCCGAAUUGAUUCUUAAGACCCAUGACCUCGUGUUUGCUAAUAGGCCACCAAAUGAGGCUGCGAAGCAUAUCUCUUACGAGCAGAAGAGCUUAUCAUUUGCUCCAUAUGGCUCUUAUUGGCGCAACGUGCGCAAGAUGUGUACCCUUGAGUUGCUUAGCAACCAUAAAAUAAAUUCUUUCAUGUCCUCGAGGAAAGAAGAGCUUGACCUCUUGAUUGACUACAUUAAAGAUGCUUCUCGUGAGCGUGUUGCUGUUGAUCUUAGUGCCAAGGUCUCAUCUCUAAGCGCUGACAUCAGUUGUAGGAUGGUUUUUGGAAAGAAAUACAUGGAAAAGGAAUUUGAUGACAAGGGGUUCAAACCAGUGAUUCAUGAGGGCAUGCGUUUAGCAGCAAGUUUUAACUUCGGCGAUUACAUCCCUCCAAUUGCGCCACUUGACCUUCAGGGUCUUACAAAGCGCAUGAAAGCCGUAGGCAAGGUUUUUGAUGACUUCCUUGAGAAGAUUAUUGAUGAGCACAUUCAAUUCAAGGAUGAAAACAGAACCAAAGAUUUUGUUGAUGUCAUGUUGGACUUCUUGGGAUCUGAAGAAACUGAGUAUAGUAUUGGUCGAGACAACAUCAAAGCCAUAAUCUUGGACAUGCUUGUAGGCUCAAUGGACACCUCAGCCACAGCAAUUGAGUGGACUCUCUCCGAGCUCAUCAAGCAUCCAAGAGUAAUGAAGAAAGUCCAGAAAGAGCUGGAAGAGAAAAUAGGCAUGGAUAGAACGGUGGAAGAAUCAGACUUGGAGGGCUUGGAGUACUUGCACAUGGUUAUAAAGGAAGCUUUCAGGCUCCAUCCAGUGGCACCUCUACUUAUCCCUCACGAGUCAAUGGAAGAUUGCACUAUAGAUGGCUUCCUCAUCCCGCAAAAAACACGUGUUAUUGUAAACGUUUGGGCUAUUGGACGCGACCAAAGUGCUUGGACUGAUGCAAAUAAGUUUAUUCCAGAGAGGUUUGCUGGGAGUAACAUAGAUGUUCGUGGACGCGAUUUCCAGCUUCUCCCCUUCGGGGCUGGGCGCAGGGGCUGCCCUGGAAUGCAUUUGGGACUAACCAUGGUUCUGCAAAUUGUGGCACAGCUGGUGCAUUGCUUUGAUUGGGAGCUUCCUAACAAUAUGUUGCCGGAGGAAUUGGACAUGACUGAGGCGUUUGGUCUUGUAACCCCGAGAGCAAACCAUCUUUGCGCCACUCCUACUUAUCGCCAUCACCUCUGAUUAUGACUUCAGCAAUGUUUCGAUUUCUAGUUAAUUAAUAUUCUCUGUUGGAAGUGGGAUCAUGUAAGGAUUGUCUUCGCUGCUUCUCUACUCUGAGAAUGGAAUGUCUAUAGCUCUUUUGAUAAACCACCAAGAAGGUCACUACGUGCUCCUAUCAAGAAUCUAUGGUUUAUGACAUGAAUCAUGCAAGAGACAGUGCCUCAUGCAGGGGGAGAAACGUGCCACAUGCAGGGGAUGUGGAGAAAACACCAGUUGCAUGAUGAGGAUUUGCUGGCAUCAUUCCAUUGGAAGGCUUGGUCCAUAGCUGUUAGCUAUUAUUUCGUUAACUGUAGCUAUUUGAAUUCCUUGUUUUAAGUAUUUAAACCCUUUCAUUAUGCAGUAAUGAGUAUGAUUAUUCAGAGUAAA